UGGUGCUCCGCGGGGCUCAACCGGCACCGGGGUUUGGGGUACCGGGGGCGAGGUGGGGGGAAAUACCGGGUGCAGGCACACGGUGGGCACCCCCCAGUAGCGUCCUGGAGUAGCGGCGGCCCCGGUGCGCACGCGCGGGGUCCUUCGGCGGCGCCGGGAGCGGGACGGGCGCGGCCAUGUUGGCCCCGGGAGCGGCUGGAGCCUGCGGGCUCCUGGUGCGGGCGGCGAGCCGGGCCCUGAGCCUGAGCCACGGCCGGGGCACGGUGGUGGUGGAGCGCUGGUGGCAGGUCCCGCUGAGCAAGGAGGGGCGGCCGCCGCGCCUGCACCCCCGGCGGCACCGCGUGUACCGGCUGGUGGAGGACACCAAGCACCAGCCCAAGGGCGAGCUGGAGCUCAUCCUCACCCAAGCCGUGGAGGGCCUGGGCAGGCGGGGGGACUUGGUCAGCGUGAAGAAACACGUGGGUCGGAACAAGCUGCUGCCGCAGGGACUGGCCGUGUACGCGUCGCCAGAGAACAGGAAGAUGUUUGAGGAGGAGAAGCUGCACCAGGAAGGGAAGCUGGAAGUGCAGCAAACACAGAGCGGGGAGAGGACACUCAAGUUCCUCAAGAGCUGCCGGCUCGAGGUGGGCAUGAAGAACAACGUCAAGUGGGAGCUCAACAACGAGAUCGUGGCUCGGCACUUCUUCAAAAACCUGCGGGUUUUCGUUCCACCACAUGCGCUGAAGCUGCCGGAGGAGCCCAUCACCCGGUGGGGUGACUACUGGUGCGACGUGACGGUGAACAGGCUGGACACGGUGCGGGUGCCGAUGGCGGUGGUGCAGUUCAUGCGGCCCAAGACCAAGCGGUACAAGCACUGGCUGGCGCAGCACCAGGCGCGGCUGGCGGCGCGCAGGGACGAGCUGCUCUGAGCCGGGGGGGGGGAGCUCAGGGCGCUGCUCCCCGGCCCCCGCUCAGCUCCUCCUGGAUCCGUCCCGGCAGCUCCGGAUGCGUGAAAUAUGCUGGGGGGGGGCAGGGGGUGAGAAGAAGGACAGACCCCCCCCAUUCCCCCCCCCAUCCCAUGGGGAUCCCCUCUACUGCUCCCCACUGUUGUGGGGUGCCCCCAUUGCCCCAUGGGGACCAUCCCACCACUGUGGAUACCUCCCACUGCCCCCCCCCACUGUGGGACCCCCUGCUGCCUCCAACACUGUGGGGUCCCCCCCACCCCAUGGGGGCUCCCCAGUACUCCCUGUCCCCCCUCACCUGCAGCAAACCCCAGGACAUCAUCCGGCCGCUGGAGCAGCAGCUCCCUGGAGGAGAAGGUGGGGGGGUCACAGUGGGUUUUGGGGAAAAAAGGGCUAUUUUGGUGUUGUUUCCCACAUGGAAAGUGGUUUUGUUGGGUAACUAUUGGGAUUUUCCACACCGA